AUGAGUUUCUUAUGGGAUUGGUUUACCAGUAUUUUAACAACACUUGGUCUUCAUAAAAAAAGUGGUAAACUUGUAUUUCUUGGCCUCGAUAAUGCUGGAAAAACAACACUAUUGCAUAUGCUUAAAGAUGAUCGACUUGCACAACACGUACCUACACUACAUCCAAGUAUGAUAUUUAUUUUAUAUCUAAUAUGAAUAAUUUUUUUUUUUUUUU